CUGUAAACCUUUCGUGCUCUCAAAAUACGGAAAAAAUAAUUCAUAAUUGCAAUUAACCAUACGGGCGGCUUUUGUGUGUUUAAUUAAUGCCCCGCCCACCGUCUCUUCUUUAAGUAAGCUUAUGUUUCCGUUAGCAGACUUGAGCAACUGUUCUUGUAAAUAGCACAUAUUUGGUAGACGCGAUAAGAGAUGAUUAUUGUUAUUGAUGUUGAAACCUUUAUCUUGAUAACGGUGUGAGUAACUCUGAAAAAUAAUAGCGAAGUUGUGAUAAUCGGGCGUGUCUGAUUAAGUUUUCUAUGAAUUAAUUCACUUUCGAGUUUGCUUCAAGUUGAGUCAGUUAGUUCGAGUGAUUCAAUGCGUCUCAUUCUAACCAUAGUGUGACGUCACUCAGGUGUUUCGCGUCCACCUGUGUUGUUGUAGACGGUAAUAUGGCGACCGUAAACGGUUUUAAGUUCAAAAUAAUUAUACUAUUGUGUAGUGAAUUUGGUUCGUACGUGUUGGGACAGUACGAUGAGUAUGGACGAACACCGUAUCACCAACAAAAUCAGUAUAAUCAAUACAACAACAAUCCGUACAAUAAUAACCCGUACAAUACCCCGUAUAAUGUACCCAAUCCGGGGGAUCGGGAUUACAGAACGUACUUUUAUAAGGGGAGGAGGUACGGCCAACAAAGUAAUUAUUACAACAACAGGUGGCGUCCCGGAGAUCCCCGGAUACAAGGACAGGAUGAACACUUUUUCUACGAUCCUCAAGGGAACGAGGAACCGAUACUUCCGGGAAUAUUGGGAGCAUGGAGAACCGACUUACAGGGGAAAUUCAGGCAACAAACAAAGGAUAAACCACGGGAUAUAUUCGUGGCGACGACGCAUGGACAAGUGCAGGGUUUUUUGGUUUACCUUUUUGAUAACCCUGAUCCUGAUUCCCUGUAUAGACCGGGAUCCGAGUUCAUUGAGAGGGAAUACGGGAUGACCGAGGUCUAUCUAGGGAUACCCUAUGCAGAACCACCAAUUUUAGAAGGCCGUUUUAAGCCCCCUAGAUGGCACAAAGGUUGGCAACUACUACAAGCAGUCGAUUUUGGUCCUGCUUGCCCGCAACCUGCACGAUAUGUCGGGGUUACUAAAGGUGUCAGAGACAUGGAUGAAGAUUGUUUGUAUCUAAAUAUUUACAAACCACCUACAAAAGAAUCAGAAGUUGGUCAAAGAUUCCCUAUCAUGUUUUACAUACACGGAGGUGAUUUUAUCAGAGGUGCAUCCAAUACAUUCCCUGCUCACAUCAUGGCAACUUUUUACAACGUAGUCGUUGUAACUAUCAAUUACCGUUUAGGUGCAUUAGGUUUCAUUAGUACCGGUGACGUCAACUCCCCAGGGAACUACGGUAUUCUAGACCAAGCGAUGGCACUGAAGUGGGUUUACGAAAAUGCGGACAAUUUUGGUGGUGAUAGGGACAGUAUUACUUUGUUUGGUCCGGGAGCUGGAGCUGCAUCCGCCGGACUUCUUAUGGUAUCGCCAGAAACCAAACACAUCGUUUCUAAAGUUAUUGCCCAAAGUGGUUCAGCCUUAGCUGACUGGACCCUAAUUGUUGAUAAAUAUCGUGCCCAAAAUACAAGCAGAGUGUUUGGCAAACUUAUAGGAUGCAGCAUUGAGUCAUCAUGGAAACUAAUGAACUGUCUCAAACAAGGCCGCAGUUUUUACGAGAUAGGGAAUUCCGAAUUUCCACCGGAAGUAGGAUUGUUCCCGUGGGCACCCGUAAUCGAAAUGAAUGUUACAAUGCCUUAUUAUGAAGGGUGGAACGAAAAAGAUUGGCACUUUCUUAGAAAAACACCAGAAGAGUUGUUACGGAAGAGGCAGUUCAACCCCAAUUUGAAGUACAUGUCGGGGAUCACCCUCCAGGAAGCCGCCAGCUUUAUUACGUCGAACAAAUCACUCGAACCUAAUUAUAUAAUCGAUGAACAAUUUUUCGAGCAAAAAAUUUGGGAGCUGGUGUUACGUUACAACUACACGUUGAACUUGAACGGGACCUUCGAAGCCAUCAAAUACAUGUACACCUAUUGGCCCGAUCCUACCAAUAAGACGCACAUACGUGACAAAUACGUGCAAAUGCUCUCUGACUUCCUGUACACAGCACCAAAUGACAAAAUUGUCAAGAUUUUAGUUGAACAAGGAGUAGAUGUGUACCAGUAUGUUUUAAACACCACUAUAGAGUCCUUCAAACUGGAGGAAUGGCGGAAGGUACCUCACGACAUCGAACAUUACCUUUUAUCCGGAGCGCCGUUCAUGGACGUCGAAUUUUUCCCAGACGGCAAAUUCAAAAGGGACCAGUGGACCAACAACGACAGAAAUAUGAGUCAUUUCUUCAUGAAAGCGUACACAAACUUUGCCCGAUACGGUGAUCCGACUUAUACCCAGAUUCUUGGUUUACAUUUUGAAAAGGCCAAACACGGCGAGCUUAAAUACUUGAACUUGAAUACUACUUAUAAUUCGUCCAUCAUGUGGAAUUUUAGACAGACGGAGUCUGCGUUUUGGUCUCAGUAUUUGCCGAUUGUUGUUGGUUACUUGGUGCCGACUUAUCCUCCCACUACUGAGUACUGGUGGGAACCAAGAGCACCUUUACAGAUAGCGUUCUGGAGCAUGUCCGGAGCGUGCCUCCUUUUGGUCGUUCUUUUGGUGGUGUGUUGUAUGUUGUGGAGAAAUGCAAAGAGGCAAUCCGAUCGGUACUACAACGACGUCUUCAUGGUACCUGACACCGAUACCGAAGAAGGUAUUGACAAUACGCGCAUCGCCAACCCUUACGACUACUCAGAAAAAAUUAGGACACCAGUAAGUGUGCCCGCACGGACAAAUAGUGCUUCCUCGUUCCGAACUGAAAGUGCUGUUUCUUUAAAAGAGAUGCAAGGUUUUAUGAGCAGUAGUCCGAGUGAGGACUACCCCAGAAAGGGUACCCCAGUUUUAUCCCACAGGCAAAACAAGAACAAGACGCAGUUAAUGCAAGGAGUGCCACAGACUGACGUUUAAAAUUUUAAUACAAAGACGACUGUAAGAAGAUAGCUUUGCCAUAUUGUAUAGAAAUAGUGGCAUAGGACAAUACUAGCUUUACGUCUAACAUAUAAGUGCGCUAACACCAACUGUGUUCUUUAAAGACUUAAUGAGUACACAUUCCAAAAUGUCCGUCCUCGAUGUACGCGUGCGAUGUAUGUCAUGUUGCGCUGUUAUUUAUAUUUUAUAAAAGUUGAUAAAAAGUACUAUCUUGUUAACUUAAGUUAAGUGGCAAUUUCGCUUACAGUGGCUUUACCAAAGACAAUUCCAACUUUGUUAGGAUACUUUAACCCAUGACUACAGCAAAUCUACAUUACGCAUAACCCAUAAUGUAAUCGAUCACAGAUCUCGUACAUACUUUAAUAAAUUUUUGUACCUUA